AUGGAGGAGGUUCGAACUUUAGGCAUCCCUGUGGACAUAUAUACUAUAGACAUAAAUGUCAAUAUGGGUGAAGGGGUGCUGACACAUGAAGCCCAUGGUAUUUCAACUGUUACAACUUCAUCUGUUCCAAUUUCAAUUAUUCUCUCAUCCACAUUUGAAACCACUACUUUGGAUACAUCCCCUUCGCUACCACCAUUUGUUUCAACCAUACCCACAUCUUUACCUACUUCUACCAUAUCAUCAACCUUCUCGAACAUCAUGGUUCAACCUAUCACAUCUUUAUUUUCUUCACAAUCCACUGAUGGUCCAAAGUCUACCUCAGAUGUUGGUCAAGAUGAUGAUGAUUAUAUGGUUUCUUUUCUUGACAUACAAUUUGAUCAUGAAGAAGAGAACAUUCCUGAUCACAAGCUUAUGUUUGGUAAGGUAUUCAAAAUCCUCAAUCAAAAUCUCAACUCUUUGUUGCAACUUCAAGAUGAUGUUGGUAAUAGAAAUAGUGUAUAUGGGAUAGAGGUUGAUUUCAUGCUCAAAGCUCAAGAAAUCCAUUUGAAAGCUUUGAUGGAACAAUUUGAUAUGAAAAAUGAAAAAUGUAUGAAGCAGCAGCCUGAUUCGUUUGUUCAUGAAGUAAAGGAUUUGCGAAUCAUUGCAAAAGAUAGACAUGUUCUUUUUGUUAAGGCAGUGAAACAAGUACAAGAGGAUGUCAAUUUGAACAUUGAAGAAAUUCCUUCUGAAAUGGAUAAGGAGGUUGUUAAUCUUGAUCGCAAUUAUUCAACUCUCAUUAUGAAGGUUGAUAUUGUUGCUGCCGUAGCUAUUACAAAUGUUGUUGAACUUCACAAUUCUCUUAUCAGAGAUCAUCUAUCUCUACCAUUAGCCACAAAGGCUAUCUCUUCCAUUAGCCACAAGGCUAUCUCUACCAUCAUCCAUAAAGGUUGUCUCUACCAUUAG